AGGUCAAGAUCAAGCUUCAAAAUUGUUAUAGAGGUCAGGAUCAAGCUUCAAAAAUUGGCGGGCAGUGUCUCGUGCGGGGUUUGUUGACGUGCUGUGGAGGGGCCGCGGGGAGCACCACUUUUGCCUUAACAGUAUAACAAGACAGCGUAAAAGAUGUCAAGGAAAAGAGCACCAGGACCAUACAACUAUGACGAUGAUGAGGAUUAUGUUCCAAGCAAGGCAGUGAAAUACUCUGAGCGUGAAGACGUGGGGCCCCAGAAAGUGAAGAAGCACUCUCUUGACUCCGACGAGGAGGAGGACGAAGAUGAGGCAGGAGGCAAGGGUGUGGACAAGAACUAUGACAUCUUGAAGGAAGAGGAUAUUGAUGGUCAGGAGGAGAAGACACUGGAGUUUGAGGGGGAGACGCAAAUCACACCAUUUAAUAUGAAGGAGGAGAUGGAGGAUGGUCAUUUUGAUGGGGAUGGCUUCUAUCACUUCAAGAAGGAUGCCACACAGAUCAAGGACGCCUGGCUGGAUGAUAUUGACUGGGUGAAGGUCAAGAGUCGUGAAGGAGAUGAGAAAAAGUAUGGGUCAGAUAUAGAGAGCGACACUGAGAGUGAGGAAGGCAACAAAAAUGGGCUGGCAGGAGCAGGGAAUGGCCUUAUUGGUGUCUACACAGAAAUGUUGGGGUUUCUCAAGGAGGGAGAGACAGUCGCUAAGGCACUGAAGAGACUUGGUGGGAACAAGAACAAAAAAAUUUCAUCAGCGCAGAAGUGGAAGCUAAAGAAGACAGGCAGCCUGGGGAGCGAGAAUGGCAAUCAGGACAUGACUGACUUCCUGAAACUGACAGAGCUGGCCAACAAGAUUAUUGAAACUGGGAACAUGGAUGUCUACCAGGAGACCUUUGAGAUGAUUAACCUGAAGGUGGAGCGCUCCAAGGCCCCAGCCUCAGGCCCUGCUCUGGACAUGUUUGCUGAGGGCCAGGAUGCCAAGAAUGACACCAGUAAGGAAAAUCCUGAUCAACAGGGGCAGGACUGUGUUGAAAAAGUGAGUUGGGAGAUACGCUGGGAGGACAAGGAGGAUGCCGAGGUGCAUGGGCCCUUUCCCAAUGAGAAGAUGCUACAGUGGCAGGAUUCAGGUUACUUUGACAAGGUGGCUUAUGUAAGGAGGAUGUCGGACAAGGCGGGGACGUGGUAUUCAACAAAACGCAUCGACUUUGAACUCUACAGCUAGUUACCGAGUGCAACUGGUGACAUAAGACUACACUUCUCAGUAAAGUUGGUGGACAGGCUGUUGGAAUAUCUGAUUGUGAAAGAGGAUCAGUGUGUACAAUAGGGAGGGACUCGGGUAUGAUAGAAAAGAGUUGAUGCAGUAAUUAUGAGAAAUCUCUGUUAUGGAUAUCCCCUUGAGGGGCUUUAAGGAUUAGUUUGAUGGACUGGACCCCACAUUUUGUACCUCAACACCUUCAUUACUCUAAAAAGUGUUCUGUUUGUCCUUUCAGCUGCUUUCUUGCUGUUUUGGACAGCAGGCACUUAGGAGGAAUUUUCAUGGCCAUCCUUGUUUGUGCUUCAGUCAUGGGUUAUGUUGAAAAUAAUUGAUAUAUUUCUCAAGUUUAUCAGUUGACAGGUUUUCAGGUUAACUGAUUUCUUUCCAUCAGAACAUCAGCUAACACCAUCAGCUGCACCAUUUUUUUUAUUUCUUUUAUUCUUCUAUUGUCUUAACAAAACCUGCUGCUUAUUUUGUAGGUUUGCUGUCAAAUUCCUGGAGUGUCUCGUCUGUCUUUAUUAAUGGAAUGCUGGUCAGUUCUAGGAAUGAGAAGUACUUAUCAUUUCCAUAACUUUCAGUUAUUCCUUUAGUACUUGAAUCUUUAUGUCCCUCACCCAUCAUCUUCAUCUGUUGUUUCUCAUUCGUACACUUAAGAUUUCAUUGCAUUUCCUCACCGAUCCAUGUAACACUUUCCUGCACAGACUGAAAAAAACUAACAGGAUGAUAUAUUGAUAUCUUUCCCAACUAAACAUCACCAUCCUUCCAGUCCUGUUUCCCAUUCAUUAAGUGGGGAGGUGGCAAGGAAUAUAUUGACUUCCAUGUCAUUGUCCUUCCAUCCGAUCCUUUUUUCUUGAACAGAGUGUUAAAGUUGACAAAUAUACCUUGAUUUUCCUGCCAUUCAA